AGCUAAACAAAAAAUAUUUUUGAAACAUUGUAUUUAGAUGUAUUUUCGAGUCGAUUUGCUGUCAAUACUUUUCCUGACUCUCACUGAUAUUCUGCCAUUAGCAUGGGCCCGAUCGCUGACCGUCUCGCUGAACUUGUCCAUGACCCGAACUCUGGUUCCAGAUCCUCCAAAUGGAACAGAGACCAAGCUCAGCCAGGAUAUGCUGAGGUCCUGCAUGCGGAAGACCGAGAUCUCGAUGUCGCAGCUAAAGCUCUUUCACAUGAGCCUGGCCAACAGUGACUACAACAACGACAAUGACGUGGCUCCGACUCCAGUUCAGUCCAUGGGUGACGUCAACAACCUGGGCGACCUGGACUUCAAUGGCAACUCCCAGAUGCCCUUUCUCGAUUUGAAGCACAAUGAGCCGCUCCAGUGCUUCGUGAGCUGCCUGUACGAGGCACUGGAUCUGGACAGGUACAAUGUCCUGUUGGAGGAGGCCUUCAAGAACCAGGUGCAGACGAUCAUUCAGCACGAGAAGGCCGAUAUCAAGGAGUGCAGCGAUCUGCAGAGCAAGACACGCUGCGAGGCGGCCUACAAGUUGCACGUGUGCUACAAUCACCUGAAAACGCUCGAGGCGGAGCAGCGAAUCCGCGAGAUUCUCGAGCGGACGGAGGCGGAGAGCGAGGGGUUCGAGCCGGAUGGCAGCGACUUUAUUGACGGUACUCAGCACUCGGGCGAGUCAGUGACCACAGUUAAAUCGGAGUAGAUAGACAACUUUGUAUCUUUGGGCCUCAUAUCUUAUCGGUGUCUGCGUAACUAAAUGAGUGUAAAAGUAAAAUAAUUCCAUUUUCGGGCCCUUUAAAACUAUAAAUAAAUUGACUGCAUUUUAAAAUGUAACCUAUUUAAAGUUCGUACUAUUGCUAAGUUGGUAUAUAUAUAUUUAUUAUUACCAAUAAAGUCUAGGUUUGGGAGUAAUCUUUUUUUACGUAAA